AUGAAUUAAACAAUACAAUUAACAACUUAAGGAACUGGUUCAGCUAUAUUUGAUACAGAUAAAACAAAGACUAAUAAUCUCUUGAAUCUUCAAGGGAUUAUAGGAGAAAACCUUAAGGUGUCUGAUCAGCAUGAGCAAGAAUUAAUUGCUAAAUAAUCACUAAUUGCUUAGAUAGAAGAUGAAGAAAAAAAAUUAGAGUCUAAUUAUGAGUUUAUUGAAAAUCUACUUUAGCAGAAUACUAAAAGUUAGCAAAGAUGCAUUACAGGAGGGGGUAUUAUCAGGCAGAAGGGGGAUUUCCAUCUUGAAAUCAAUUAAUAUAGAAGGGCUAUCGAUGAGCUUUAAAUGACUAUCACGAAUCUCAGUCAUAGAAAUUUUCUUAAGUAAUAAGAGGAAGAUGCAAAAAAUACUGGCAUCGGUUUGACCAAGGAAUAAGAAAAUUAAUUCGGAAAUCUAUUAAAUAUUCCUGUUUAAAAGAGAGAUUCAGAAGAUAGAGCUUAAAUUGAGAUCAAGACUCCAAAUGGAGGUGAUAGGAUUUCCAUUGUUACAACUCCGCAAAAAAAUACAAGCGUUAUGGGAGCAACAAGUAAUCCAUUCUUUAGAUAGUCAACUGAUGAUAACUUAGGUUCGCAGAUAGUGGACAGUCACUAAUCCAAAGAAAAUCUUUUGGAUCCAAAGUCAAAAAGGAACUCACAGUUCACAAAUAACGAAUAAAUAUAAUCAAAUUAAUAUCAUGUAGAUGAUACUAGAGGGAUUGGUACUGGUUUAAAUAAUACCUAUUAUCAAGAUUUAAUUUAUCAAACUAAAACAAAUUCAAGUUUGACAUAAUAGUAACAAUAACCUAGUAUUCUUACAAAGAUAGAACUAACUCUAGAACCAAGAGAAAUAGCCCGGAAUUAAGCUCCUUAAUUAAGAGGUAGGACUGUGAGACCAAGAACUUAAGAUAAAACCUCUGCAAAACCUAGACCCUAAUUACCAGGACUAUAAAACGGAGUCUUAAAAAUGAAUGAGAGAUAGCUUUCUAAAGAAAACUGCUCAAUAGCUAGCAUAAAUUAAAUGUAAUCUACCUUAUCAAAGAGCUAUUAGAAUAGAAAUUCUACAGUGAUGAAUAAAUCAGCAACAUUUAAUAGGGAUCAAAGUUUUUCGAUUGUUUAGGCUUAAAACUUAAACCCACCCACCAUUGAGAAUAAAAAUUUCAUAAAAACUACUUCUAAUUGGGAAAAUGAAAUAUAAUUACAGAAUUAAGAGGCUUUUUCAAGAGCAUUGGACAAAGACACAGAAGAUUUAAUAUUAAUAGUACACUUAAUAAUGAGUUAGGAGAAACUAAAAAAUCAUUUUUCAACCAUACAUAAUAAGUAGAACCAGUUAAAGAAAAAAUAAAUUCAAUUGGUCCUUCAAUUAUUGCUAAUGUCAUAUCUAGCAAGAAUAGUUUAAAUCAGACAUUCUAAAAUUUUAGCUAGACUAUCCUUCUACCAAUAAAAUAUUAAUAAAGAUUCACAUCAGUAAUCAGUAAAUGAAAAAGAUAAAAAAAUAAUUGAUUUGAGAAUUGCAAAUGUACACAUUAAUAGAGAAAAUAAUGGAUAAAGUAGGACAACAGACAAUAGAAGUAGAAACAAUGCGACUAACAUGACAAAUGCAAGAGAUGUUAAUAGCUCAAUGUUGAGUCUAAGUUAGAAUAAUUAAACUUAAGAUGAUUUGAAUGCGCACCAUAUUGCCUACCAUAAUGAUCAGAAUGGCAACUCAAGAUAGUUAGUAUUUCUCAAAACUAGUUAACAGCUUAAAGGCAAACUCUAAAAGCAAAGACUCUCUUAACCUAUCAAAAGUAGAGCAUCACCUAAAUAAAAGCUAUAGUAUGGCUCUUAUGAUGUUGAAAAUCAUAUUAGUGCCUAUCAAAGUUAAAAUUAGUCAUCAAAUAAUAUUAGAACUGUAAGAUAAGUGUCUGGUAGUUCGAGUCAAGAUCUGUCUGGAAGAUAAAAUAAUUUAGUAAUCAUGCAGCAGCAGAGCAAGCUGAACAAGAAAUUUAAGAGAUAAAAAUCAAGGGAAAACUAGAAAAAUAAAGACAAUUUAAAUGGAUAAGUUGCAGAUAUUUAUUAGUCAAAAGAUGCUAUUGAUGCAAGCUAAAUACCUAUAGUAAAAAUGAAUUUCUCUGUCAGAAACUCUCAGAGUAAGCAUUGGUCAUAAAUAAGCGAAGAAAAAGACCAAAAUAUUAAUGUAGUCAAUGAGACUGGAAUGCUUGCUGCUUCUGAUCAUUUUAUAAAGUAGCUUAAAGAUAUUGGACAAACAAACCAAAAUUAUGGGAAUCAACUAGAGAAGAUGAAUUAUAAAUAUCAUAAUAAGUACUCUUAAUAGAGAAAGGAUCAAUUUUAACUUCCAAGAUUUUGA